AUGGAAGAUGAACGGGCGAGGAGUUGCAUUGUCUUUAUAUCUGAAGACCAAGUGGAAAAAGGGCUUGUGUUGGCCAAACGUGGCCAACAGCAGCUCGAACCAGUCUCAGAGAAAAAGACGCUGUACUACUUCACGGUAUCCCACAAUGACCACUACAGUGUUUGCGAGAUCCUCGUUUCACCCAUAAAAGUCGACCAUCACAAGAACGUCUUCUUCUGGCCAGUUCAAAGAUACACGAAGUGCUGUGAGAAUGCGUCGGAAGACGAACUAAAACGACUACGUCAAAUCAUUUACGAUGUUUACGUUCGGCCCGUUCAAUGGUCAUUUGGAGACGAUAGGUCAGCCAGAAACUCAUAUACUGCCAUCAACUCCUAA